AUGACUUGUGGAAUCAGUACAGUGGGCUGUGGAUUCCGCCCCAGAAACUUUAGUUGCAUGUCAGCCUUCGUGCCCAGGAUGGGUGACCGCUGCUGCGUCAGUGCUGCUCCCUACCGAGGAGUGUCCUGCUACAGGGGACUAUCCGGCUUUGGCAGCCGCAGCAUCUGUGGGGGCUACAGGGCUGGCUCCUGCGGCCGUAGCUUUGGCUACCGCUCUGGUGGAGUGUGCGGACCCAGCCCCCCCUGCAUCACCACUGUGUCUGUCAACGAGAGCCUCCUGACCCCCCUCAACUUGGAGGUUGACCCCAAUGCUCAGUGUGUGAAGCACGAGGAGAAGGAACAGAUUAAGUGCCUGAACAGCAAGUUUGCAGCCUUCAUCGACAAGGUGCGGUUCCUAGAGCAGCAGAACAAGCUUCUAGAGACCAAGUGGCAAUUCUACCAGAACCGGAAAUGCUGUGAGAGCAACCUGGAGCCCCUGUUCCAGGGAUACAUUGAGACCCUGAAGCGGGAACUAGAGUGUGUGGAGGCUGACAGUGGACGCCUGGCAUCUGAGCUCAACCACGUGCAAGAAGUGCUGGAGGGCUACAAGAAGAAGUAUGAGGAAGAAGUUGCUCUUCGGGCUACAGCCGAGAAUGAAUUUGUGGUACUGAAGAAGGAGGUAGACUGCGCCUACCUACGGAAGUCAGACCUGGAGGCCAAUGCUGAGGCAUUGACAGAAGAGAUCAACUUUUUGAGAGCCCUGUAUGAAGAGGAGAUCCGAAUCCUCCAUACCCACAUCUCAGACACCUCCGUGGUGGUGAAGAUGGACAACAGCCGAGACCUCAACAUGGAUUGUGUCAUUGCUGAGAUCAAGGCUCAGUAUGAUGAUAUCGCCAGUCGCAGCCGGGCUGAGGCUGAGUCCUGGUACCGCAGCAAGUGUGAGGAAAUGAAAGCCACAGUGAUCCGCCACGGGGAGACUCUACGCAGGACCAAGGAGGAGAUCAAUGAGCUGAACCGUAUGAUCCAGAGACUGACUGCAGAAGUGGAGAAUGCUAAGUGCCAGAAUUGCAAACUGGAGGCUGCUGUGACACAGUCUGAACAACAGGGAGAGACUGCCCUCAAUGAUGCCCGCUGCAAGCUGGCUGAACUGGAGGGUGCCCUACAGAAGGCCAAGCAGGAUAUGGCAUGUCUGCUGAAGGAAUACCAGGAAGUCAUGAACUCUAAGCUGGGCCUGGACAUCGAGAUCGCUACCUACAAACGGCUGCUGGAGGGCGAGGAAUACAGGCUAUGUGAAGGUGUUGGUGCUGUGAAUGUUUGUGUGAGUAGCUCCCGAGGCGGUGUCAGUUGUGGUGACAUUUGCCAGUCCGGCUCUCGACCCAUCACCGGCAGUGUCUGUGGUGCCUCUUGUAGUGGGAACCUGGUAGUGAGCACUGGAACCUGUGUGCCCUGUGGAACCCUCAACACCAGCUGUGGAAGAUGCUAGAGAGAGUUAAACAUCCUUUCCAUCAGCUCCAGAUACGCCCUAUUCCCUACUCUACCCCUAUUCCCAGAUCUCAGCCUCUAAAGCAGCUGUUUUCCUACCUCAUGUUCUGAAACUACACCAAACUCCCAUCCUUUUCCACCUUUGAUCUGAAAUAGGGAAAUAGAUCUCACAGCCCCUUCUUGAAUUCUGAACCCCUUGGGAAUAAAGGGGUUUGAAUACAGGGCAUAGCUAACCUGUCCCAGAUCCUUCUCAAUGCAUAUUGUCUUAUGCUUAUCCAAUAAACUUGGGAAGCCAAUUUUUGGCACUGAAA